GUUGUGGAAUUUACAAAAUGGCUGCUUCUCCAAACACUUCUGCGGCUACACUCACACCAAAGAAGAAAGAUGAAUCAUUCCUUGAUAAAAUAGGAACUUUGGCAAGGAAGAAGAAAGCCAAAGAAGUGACUGAGCUACAAGAGGAAGGGAAAAAUGCCAUUGAGUCUCCGACCAGCCCCUCGGUGCCGGACAUCGGACCUGAAGGUUAUCUUCUUGGUGAGAAGGAAGAAAGAUCCAUGAUUGAGCCAGGAUCUCGAGAUGAUGCCAAGUUAAAUCAACUCAUCAAGGUGCUUCUUGACUGGAUAAACGAUGAGCUUGCAGAUCACCGCAUCAUUGUAAAGGACAUCGAGGAGGACUUGUUUGAUGGCCAAAUUCUUCAAAAACUCAUUGAGAAGCUGUGCAGAAUCCGUGUGGAGGCCCCUGAAGUGACGCAGUCAGAGAUCGGCCAGAAGCAGAAGCUGAGAGUCGUCCUGGACUACAUCACCUCCAUCCUGAACCUGCCACAGGGCUGGAACCAGCUGAAGUGGAGCGUGGACAGUAUCCACUCCAAGAACCUGGUAGCAAUCCUGCAUCUGCUGGUGGCCCUGGCCAAGCACUUCAAGGCCCCGAUCAGGCUGCCUGACAACGUCUCCGUCAUACUCGUCAUUGUACAGAAAAUAGACAACCAGCUGCAGACAAGGAGAGUUUAUGAAGAAAUCACAGGAGCUAACGAUGAAAUUGGGGCCAAGUUUGAACGGGAUGCUUUUGACACACUGUUUGAUCAUGCUCCUGACAAGCUCAACGUUGUUAAGAAGACUCUGGUCACAUUUGUCAAUAAACAGCUGAUGAAGGUGAACUUGGAGGUGAAUGACCUUGACACACAGUUCCACGACGGAGUGUACCUGGUGCUGCUGAUGGGGCUGCUGGAGGGCUACUUCGUCCCGCUACACGACUUCCACCUCACACCAACAGACUUUGAUCAGAAGGUUCACAAUGUGGGAUUUGCUUUCGAGCUGAUGCAUGAAGCGGGGCUCCCAAAGAACAAGGCCAGACUCCCAAGACCUGAAGAUGUUGUCAACCUGGACCUCAAGUCGACGUUGAGAGUGCUGUACAAUGUGUUCACCAAGUACAAAGACGGUGGCAGUGUCAGCAUGUAGAUUCACAACAUCAUCAUUGACAUCAGUCUGCAUGUGCCAACAUCAUCAGCCUCAACUGCCGCAGUGUGUAAUGGGACAUGCAUGUCCACUAUCUCCUGCAUGGAUGGGACAGCUUUACUCUCCCCCCACCACAUAACACCUGGACUCUCACCCAGACAUACUCUGUGAAUACAAUACCCCCAGUAUGAUGGAAAACUUGACUGUACAACCAUCAUUUUGCGAAGAAUUAAUCUGUAAUUCUUUCAUUCUUCAUCCUUAGUGCAGUGAGCUUAAAGUAGUGUGUGAAACAUUAAGAACAACUGCAUCUAUUUUGUGUUCCUUCUACCUGUCCACUGUCAUCAUCACAUUGUAUAACCUUUUUGGAAAAUCUUGGUGUUUUACCAUUAAUACUUUUAGCAUUUAUUUAUCUCUGUGAUCUGUUGAAAGAAGGUAAAUGUAGGCUACAACUGAUGUCCAAUCAAGAUGUUCCAGAUAUUCUGGAGUAGGCCAAGUUGUAGGCCAAGUUGUAGGCUACAACUGAUGUCCAAUCAAGAUGUUCCAGAUAUGCCUGGAGUAGGCCAAGUUGUAGGCUACAACUGAUGUCCAAUCAAGAUGUUCCAGAUAUGCCUGGAGUAGGCCAAGUUGUAGGCUACAACUGAUGUCCAAUCAAGAUGUUCCAGAUAUGCCUGGGGUAGGCCAAGUUGUAGGCUACAACUGAUGUCCAAACAAGAUGUUCCAGAUAUUCUGGAGCAGGCCAAGUUGUAGGCUACAGCUGAUGUCCAAUCAAGAUGUUCCAGAUAUGCCUGGAGUAGGCCAGGUUGUAGGCUACAGUUACAAUCUGUCCAUGUGUUAUGUGCUCGAGUAGGUGGGAAGCCAGAGCCAAUAGCUCUCGAUAGAUAGGACUAUAGGUUGGUGUCAGCUACCUGUCCAGGGCAGAUAUACGUACUCAGUAAUCUCCUCGUGAGUCAGGCUACAUUGUACCUGAUCUGCCUGAUUUAACAUAACCGCUUUGUACAACUGUCACAAUACUAAGCCAAAUAAACGACCAUCUGUAUGUAUUAAUCCCAAGAUUAUUCCCAGAGUGGGCUGGAAGUGGCAUUAAUUUUUUAUACCAAACCAUUAUGUGUUUUUUUAUAAAGGACUUAUAUCCCACAAUGGUGUCACAUUAACUGUAUAUGUCAUAUUUAUCAACCACUUGGCUGAUAUCCUUGUGCUGUUAUCCUAUUGAUAGUGUUGCCCCAAGCUGUAUAAUGGCCGUGAUAGGGACCUUGCACAGCCAGCUUGUGUUACUGAUUGAAGGAGCACAUGGCAAGUAACCUGUUUAUCUAGUACUGAUGACAUAAUGAUUGCUGGCCUAAUGUGGAGGCCAGGCCAGGCCAGGGCCGAGUGACAAGCCAAGGAUCUGAUCCCUAUCACUGUUAUCAGCCCUUUCAACACUUGACUACUUCAGCUGCAAUGGAUACAGACUGAAGAGUUUGUGUUGUCGCAUUGUGUCAUCGUCUUUAUUUGGUAAAUGUGGUCCUUUUGCUCAUCCACGACUGUGUAAAUGCUGUUCACAGAUGGAAUCAGGAGUGGCUCUUUUGUUGCCCGAGGACCAUGAAAUGGUUGUUUAGCUAUGGGUAAACAGUUCAGCAUAUUGUCACCUUAGUGGUUUGAAACGACUGUCCCCAUGUCCAGCUUGCAGUGACCGCCGGCCCUCUUGUGUUACAUCAUGGCUGCACCUUUUUACACCAGCUUCGUCCCUAGUCACACAUUUUCCUUGCUUGUGUCUCACUACCUCCCCCCAUUCCACCUUAGUACCACUGUACCCCCCAGCUACCUUUACACCUAUUUGGUCUACCCCUCAACACACCCUCUCACGCCACCAUCAUCCCACCCUCUCACACACACAACCAAUCCCUCGAAACUCUAAACAUCAUUUUCAUCCCUGUUCUUCAUCCUACCACCCCACCUCUAGCACCAUUCCCCUACCAACCCAUCCCCGAUGCUCAUGAUAUUAAUCACUGGAUUGUCUGGCCCAGACUCGAUUAUUUACAGAUCGCCAUCAUAUAACUGUAAUAUUGCUGAGUGCUGCAUUUAACAACACACCAAACCAAACAAAACCACCCCUAGCACCACCAUCCCCUACCCCUAUUAUCCCACCCCAAGAACCAUCCCCUACCACCCCACCCUUAGCACCAUCCCCUACCCCAGAGACUGAUUGUGUAUCACCUUGCUUGAGGCACCACACUGCUCAUUUCUACUUGUCUGUCUCUCAGUCCCGGAACAAUAUUAUUUUCCCUUCUAUCCAGCCUUUUCUGUAAUGCAGAAGCACUAAAUGAAGCAAGUCUAGAUUUUCCUCAGGUCCUGAAACUCCAUCUCACUGGGGCUCCUUUUAUAUUUAAAUGGAGUCAAAAUUAUUUGUUUUCAGAGACUAAACAUGUAAUCUCUCCCAGACACUCCCUAUACACUGUAUCACCCCCUGUCCUGUAUCCUACCCCCACCCCCAGUCCUGUAUCCUACCCCCACCCCAGAAGCUGAUUGUCCAUCCCUCUCCCCCCCUCCCCCUGCCAUGUAAGAAGUGACUUCCAGAUGUGUAAGUUGUUGAAGGUAAUCACAGGGACAGGGAUAAUGAUAGUGAGCCAACAUUCCUCACCCAGGGGCACCUAAAGCUGAUGAGACCCCCUAGGGUGGGGCAGGGACUUGGAGCUAUUAAAGCCCUGAGUUGUACCAAGCUAGCAGUGAUCCCGAACCUGUCCUCUGUUUAUGGUGGUGAUACAGUGGGUGCAACUAUUCCCAGGGUACAUCUGAUGACACUGCCUUCUGGUCUUCUAUCUUCCAGCGUGAAUUACCACAUCAAACGAUGAGAUGGAAAUAUUUAAUGCCGUUGAUUUUAUGUUCACUUACAGUGACAAUGAAAUGCCACUCAGAAAAACUGCCUAAUUAAACUAACAUUUACACUUUCUAAAGAUGCCCAACUUCUCAAGUCAUCAAUUACACUGGUUUCAUGAAAAAGAAUAAACAACCAAUAUUGUUUCUGUAAACAAGGAGAAGAUUACAGUGGAAUAUUGUGUUACAUUUGCGACAGUUCAGAGAAAACCAGCUGCGCGCAACAGCCCAGUGUUGGGUAGCCUCAGGGGGGUGGGGGGGAGCACAGUCAGUUUUGGGUAGCCGAGGUGGGGGUGGGGAGAACAGUCCAGUGCUGGGCAUCCUCAGUGGAGGUUGGCUCAGUGUGUGUGUGGGGGUGGGGAUGCCAGUUUAAACGGUAGUUGUCAGGGUGGUAUAAUGGAAACUGCCACACUGCCGUAGGUGAAUCUUCUGUUCAAAUAUAUCUUUAAUUAUGCCAAUUUGCCAUUGCGUCUCGUCUUUCCUUGACACAGAUAACUAGCAUGUCAUUCCUUUCGUCCUGUCCACUGUCAUGUGUCCACUGGGAUAGCUAUCUACAUCCAGCCCUUCCCUCCUCCUCCCCCCCACCAGCCAGCAUACCAGACCGACUGACUACUGGGAUAUGUUGCUGGGUGCAGAGAUCAGCCCUGGUGCGUCCAGUCAGGUCAGCUUUACUUCCCCCACUGCGACCUCCAUCUUACAUGACGACCCCUAUACGGCAACACAACAUUUCAAUGUCAGUUGGAGAAAUAAAAAUCUUCCUUACAAAUUAGGGUAUGUACUGUCUUCAUGUUAGGUCUCCGGGUCCUAUGAACAACAUAAAAUAAUAUUAGACCUUGCAGUAUUUAGGUCAUCUUGUGUCUUGUUUUCUUGACUAUUUGUCUUUUCCUAUUCAACUUGGUUUGGCCUAAGGGAGCCUAAAACUGAAAAUAAUAAAUUAUGUGUUAAGCAAGAGCUUGCUCAAAGCGCUCUCAUUAUUACCCCGAUCAGUGGAUCAGUGUGCACAUGAUUUUCAUUCUCACCUCCCUGGGGAGUAUACAACUAGUGCUGUAGACAUGUAUGAUUAUUAGGUUCUCACAGGGCCAUGGAUAUUGUAUUUUCAAGUGAGUUGUCAGUGAUAUUGUAGACUGUCAGCUCUUGUUGGUCAACUUAUCCACUUAUCAGGGGGAGAGUUUUUUUAAACAAUGACCACAAAUGUCCUCUCCCCUCUCCUCCCCUCCCUUGUAUCAUCCAGUUUCAUCCACAUGCACGCACACACACACGCACAUGCACGCACGCACACACACACGUGCUCACACACACUGAUCCAACAACACCCCCUCAUUCAUUAACACGGGGCGGUGGGGUACCCUUGUGGUUAAAGCGUUCGUUCCAGAUUCGAUUCCCGACAUGGGUAGAAUGUGUGAAGCCCAUUUCUGGUGUCCCCCGCUGUGAUAUUGCUGGAAUAUUGCUAAAAGCAGCGCAAAACCAUACUCACUAACUCACUCAAUCAUCCAUUCAGAGGAUGGUAUUCAAGGUUUUACAUGACACAUAAUGCGGGCAUCCAGUACACACAAAUGUAGAGAA